AUGGAGUCUAGGUUGUAUCGGGCCCAUGUUGAGGACGAAGAGACUAGCAGUCGUAGCCUCUCCCCUCCUUUACAUGGAAAAUCGUCUCUGGUUGGUUCAUCGAUGGGUGAACAAGGACACAGAACUUCGGCCCCUUUUGGCUCGAUGGGAAACGAUGAUAUGCUCCCGCCUCGUGCUCCUUCUAGUGUUAGAGCUCAAAGCAGGGGCAAGUCACGUUCUAAACAACCCCAAAACAGAGGAGAUGCUAAAAAUACAAUCACUGAGGAAGAGCUUAAAAAAGCAUGGGGACCGAAUCUAUUUGAAGUUAUGUCCAAUGGACAAGGAACCUUCCUACUACAUAUCCCGGACAGAGAUUUUCGACGAAAGCUUCUUGAAGGUGACCCUAUCACUGUCGUGAGAAUCCCUCUCAUCCUUGAGCAAUGGACUCCUGGUCUAGAACUCGGAAAAGACACCCUCUUGACUGUCUUGAGAUGGGUGAAACUGAGGAAUCUACCUUACUAUUUUUGGUCUACCCAAUCAAUUGGCAAAGUUGCAAGUGCUUUGGGCAAGCCUUUAUAUGUGGAUCAACGCACCGAACAAACGAAAAGUCUGUCCUUUGCUCGUAUCUGCGUGGAGAUUACAGCUAAUAAGCCCUCUUGUGAAUCGAUUGAAUUAGUUCUCAAUGGUAAGACUAUUGAAGUUGGGGUGGAGUAUGAGUGGAAACCAGUUGCUUGCAAUGGGUGUGGAAUCUUCGGGCAUAAUUGCUCUCCUCCUGCUACUUGA